AUGGAUCCAAAAAUUACAGCAAGGUGGGCUUUUGAUGUUAGUAAAUGGAACCCUUCUAAUGAGCAAUAUAAAAAAGCACUUUCAUAUGUACAACCAGAAGAAAGUGAAAGAAUUCAAAAAUUUAGAUCCUUUCAAGAUUCAAAGUUGGCAUUAAUUGGUAGAUUAUUAAUGAGAUUUUUAUUUUGUAAAAUUUAUAAUUGUAAUUGGAAGGAAAUUAGAUUUGGAAGAACUAAAGAGAAUAGGCCUAUUUUAUUAAAACCGGAAUAUUUGAUUAAUAACAAAAAUCAAUUAAUUAAUUUCAAUAUUUCACAUCAUGGUGAUUGGGUUGUAUUGGUAUCAAGUGAUAAUUUUCUUAUUGGAGUGGAUGUUAUGAAAGUUGAAAAAUCUAACAAUUUGUCCGUUUACCAAUUUUUUGAAUGUUUUAAAGAUCAAUUUUCGGGAUAUGAAUGGAAUACAAUAACUUCUUCUUAUACAAAUGAAUUAGAUCAAUUACACUUAUUUUAUAGAUAUUGGUGUUUAAAAGAAAGUUAUGUAAAAGCUAUUGGUAUUGGUUUGGCUUUAGAUUUGAAAUCUAUUGAAUUUCAUUUAUCUGAUGAUGAAAAUAAUAAUUUAGAAUUUGGAAAUAUCAAGAUUCUAAACACAAAAACUUCUCUUUAUAUCAAUAACAAACUUUCUCCACAAUGGAAAUUCGAAGAGUCUUAUCUUGAUGAAUUACAUUUAGUAGGAAUUUCUUAUUCUAUUUCAGAUAAAAAUAAUAUAUCUUCUUUAUUAUCAUCUUCUAUUUGGAAUAUAAUUGUAUUCCAUAUAGUACAUCUUGGUAAGCAAAAAGCUGUAGCAUUUGGAGAUAUAGAAUUUACUGCUCCACCACCAAAUAAAUCAAACAUCGCACGGUUGUAA